UUAUUAUGGACUGCACCUGAAUUACUUAGAAUGGAAAACAAUCGUCCACCGGAAGGCACACAAAAAGCAGAUGUGUACUCUUUUGGCAUAAUUGUACAUGAGAUUACAACACGACAAGGACCGUUUUAUUUGGGUGAGACUGAAGACGAAAAAUCUCCACAAGAUAUUGUAGAAUUAGUUAAGGGCUAUCCAAUACUGACUUUACAACCAUUUCGUCCCUAUAUUGAUGAAUGUGAUAAUUAUUUAGAUAUUAAUGGCAUUAUGACAAAGUGCUGGUCAGAAGAUCCCAUUGAAAGACCAGACUUCAAUGCACUCAAAACUAUAGUUAGAAAAAUAAACAAGGAUAAUGAAACUGGUAAUAUCGUAGACAAUUUGCUAAAACGUAUGGAGCAAUAUGCAAAUAAUCUUGAAGAAUUAGUAGAGGAACGCACACAGGAUUAUUUAGAGCAAAAGAAAAAAUGUGAACAGCUACUUUAUCAACUUUUGCCGCAGAGUGUGGCAGCCCAAUUAAUAAGUGGUCAGCCGGUUGUAGCUGAAACCUUUGACCAGGUUACAAUAUAUUUCAGUGAUAUCGUUGGUUUCACAGCUAUAUCAGCGGAAAGUACACCCAUGCAAGUUGUACAAUUUCUAAAUGAUCUCUAUACCUGCUUCGAUUCUAUAGUUGAGAACUUCGAUGUGUACAAAGUGGAAACGAUAGGUGAUGCUUAUAUGGUUGUAUCAGGCUUACCAAUACGAAAUGGAAAUCAACAUGCGCGUGAGAUAGCACGAUUAGCACUAGCUCUAUUGGAAGCUGUGCAUAAUUUUAAAAUUCACCAUCGUCCCGAUGACAGACUUAAACUUAGAAUUGGUCUACAUACAGGUGCGUGCGUAGCUGGUGUGGUUGGCUUAAAAAUGCCACGUUAUUGCCUAUUCGGUGACACUGUAAACACUGCAUCGCGAAUGGAAUCAAAUGGUGAGGCAUUGAAAAUACACAUUAGCGAAAAAACAAAAUUGGCGCUUGAUGAAUUUGGUACGUUUAUUACUACGAAACGUGGUUUUGUACCAAUGAAAGGUAAAGGUGAAAUGUUAACAUAUUGGUUAGAAGGUGAAAUGACAAAACCAGACUUAACAUUGUCACCCAAUAAAAUGUUACUAUCCAGACGUUCAUCACUUAAACAACCACCACGUUAUGGAUUAACUAAAAUGCAUUCAGAGAUCUCAACAAUACCAUUGAUUCAACAACAACAAUCCAUAGAAUGUAAAAAUUCACCAAAUUUACGUGUUAAACGUAAAAUAUCAUCUUCCUCUCCAAAACUUAAUAGUAACGAUUGCAAGACUGAAGAUUUCUAUUAUUACUUAGAUGCGGCAAAACAGUCUCAGAAUGAAAGAUAUAAUCCGCUAAGUAGGAAACGCGAUAGCGCUGGCGCUGAAGACAUUUACAGUAGUCGUUCACUGCGAGAACCGACUAAAGAUUCCACAGAACUUGCAAAUUUUCGUCUACCGCUCUCUGGAGCUUUAAAAAACCACAACAACAAUUAUAGUACUAUUAGACACGAAAAUUCGAAUUCUAAUCUAAGCGGAAUAUUGCAUCCUUCGAGUAGAGUUAAACUUAAACAAUCACCGACGAUCUCAACGCUCAUGGCUAAUGCACGCGCAGAGUAUGAUAACUGCAGUCUCAGUAGUGCAAAUCGCAUAACAUUUUGUGUAAGAGAGGAUGCUUUCGAAGAUGUUGAAGAUGUUAAUGAUGAACACGAAGAUGAAAGCACACAAUUGCAUACAUUAAAUGACAAUUGCAAUACCAAUAAUGAUAAUUGCAAUACCAACAGCAGCAAAGCGCAUCUAUUGGAGGAAAACCAACCAUAUAGAAACAUUAGCCCAGCUAAUAAACUAUGUAAUAGUAAUAAUUUCAAUCAUAUUGUCAAAACGAAUAAUAUAAAAAACUAUAAACUUUUAUGCAGAAAUGCAUCGAAUUCUGACAAUGACAGAAGAGAUUCUCCUGUACUUAAUGGCGGAUCAAAUAAUGGAACUGUGAAUGGUGUCAUUAUAAAUGCUGUAACUCAACCAUUGUUAACAAAAAUUAAUUCAUAAUUUAUUAAAACCAUUAAUGUUUAAACUAUUAGCGAACAAUUUUAGUAUUAAGUUUAUUUUAUGGCUUAGAUGUGAUCGUAUAUAGAUUUAAGUUUCAAGAAAAAUUUGUUUCAGUGUAUUG